AGGCGCGGUCACACUGGGAAUGUGCAACAAGUAGAAAUUGCCGCAUAGUUUUUAAUAGCGAAUCGCGAACACAUAACUAACGGUGCAGGAUCAAAGUUCGCUGAACAAUAAAACAAAUAGUUAUCGUAAGCAAAAAGUGACAAACCUAUAACCCAAUGUCGGCAACGAGAUUUCUGAGUGCCGUUGGCCAAAUUUCGCGACAGCAAUUGCUGCAGAAUAAGUGCACAAGAGCCCUGCCCAUUUCGGCGCAGCUCCUCCAGAGUCGCCGCCUAAUGUCCACGAAUCCCGCACCGGUGGCCAACAAGCAUCUGCACACCAAGGUGGUCAAUGGCGUGCUCGUGAUCAAGUUCGAUUCGCCCAAUGCCAAGGUGAAUUCCCUGGGCUCCGAGGUGAGCGAUGAGUUCGAGCGAGUGAUCAAGGAUCUGGAAACGAAUCCUGCCGUCAACUCCGCCGUGCUCAUCUCGGGAAAACCGGGCUGCUUUGUGGCCGGUGCUGAUAUCGGGAUGCUGGAAGCGUGCCAGACGCCGGCGGAGGCCACGUUGAUCUCGCACGGCGCCCAGGUGAUGUUCGAUCGCAUGGAGCGCAGCAAGAAGCCCAUUGUGGCCGCCAUCAGCGGUGUCUGUCUGGGUGGCGGUCUGGAACUCGCCCUUGCCUGCCACUACCGCAUUGCCACCAAGGACAGCAAGACCAAACUGGGUCUGCCCGAGGUCAUGCUGGGUCUCCUGCCCGGCGGCGGUGGCACCGUGCGCCUGCCCAAGCUUACCUCCGUGCCCACAGCUCUGGAUAUGGAGCUGACCGGCAAACAGGUGCGCGCCGAUCGCGCAAAGCGGCUGGGCAUUGUGGAUCUGCUGGUGGAUCCCCUUGGUCCUGGACUCCAGCCUGCUGAACAGAACACCAUCGAGUACCUGGAGAAGACUGCCGUGCAGGUGGCCAACGAUUUGGCCAGUGGCAAACUUCGCGUUAAUCGCGAGAAGAGCGGUUUGGUCAACAAGAUCCAGUCCUUCGUCAUGGACACUGACUUUGUAAAGAACAAGAUCUUCGACACUGCCAGGAAGCAGGUGCUCAAGGCCUCGAAUGGCCUCUAUCCCGCUCCCCUGAAGAUUCUCGAUGUGAUCCGUGCUGGCGUGGAUAAGGGAUCCGAAGCAGGUUACGAGGCGGAACGCAAGGGCUUCGGGGAGCUGUCGGCCACGCCUGAGUCCAAGGGCUUGAUUGCCCUGUUCCGUGGACAAACGGAGUGCAAGAAGAACCGAUUUGGCAAGCCCGAGCGUCCGGUUAAGACUGUGGGAGUUCUGGGAGCUGGUCUGAUGGGAGCCGGAAUUGUACAGGUCUCCGUCGAUAAGGGAUACCAGGUGGUGAUGAAGGAUGCUACCGAUGCCGGUCUGGCUCGUGGUAUUGGACAGGUGCAGAAGGGCUUGGAGACGGCUGUCAAGCGCAAGCGAAUCUCUGGACUGGAGCGUGAUCAGACUCUUGCCAACCUGCGCCCCACUCUAGAUUACAGCGACUUCAAGAACGCAGACAUCAUCAUCGAAGCUGUGUUCGAGGACAUCAAUGUUAAGCACCGUGUGAUCAAGGAGUUGGAAGCAGUGGUUCCCGAGCACUGCGUCAUUGCCACCAACACCAGCGCCAUUCCCAUCACCAAGAUCGCAGCAGGAAGCUCGCGUCCCGAGAAGGUUGUCGGCAUGCACUACUUCUCGCCCGUGGACAAGAUGCAGCUGCUGGAAAUCAUCACACACCCAGGCACCUCCAAGGACACGGUCGCUCAGGCUGUGGCAGUCGGUCUUAAGCAAGGCAAGGUCGUGAUCACUGUUGGCGACGGACCUGGCUUCUAUACCACCCGCAUCCUCUCCACCCUGCUGUCGGAAGCCAUAAGACUGCUGCAGGAGGGCGUGGACCCCAAGGAUCUGGACCAAUACACGAAGAAGUUUGGUUUCCCCGUGGGUGCUGCGACCCUUGCUGAUGAGGUUGGCAUCGACGUGGGUUCCCACAUUGCCGUUGACUUGGCAAAGGCAUUCGGCGAACGCUUCAGCGGUGGAAACUUGGAAGUGAUGAAUGAUCUGGUCCUGGCUGGUUUCCUCGGUCGCAAGUCCGGCAAGGGCAUUUUCCUGUACGAUGGCCAGAAGAGGGGCACUCGUCCAGUGAACAACGAUGCCGUCGAGAUCGUCAAGCAGAAGUACGCGUUAGUCUCAAAGGGUGCCAAUACCCCCGAGGAUCUGACGCUGCGCAUGGUGUCCCGCUUCAUCAACGAAGCUGUGCUGUGUCUGGAGGAGAAGAUUCUGGACAGCCCGCUGGAGGGCGAUGUCGGAGCCGUAUUUGGCCUGGGCUUCCCGCCAUUCUCUGGUGGUCCCUUCCGCUGGGUGGAUCAGUAUGGAGCAGGCAAACUGGUCAGCAAGAUGCAAUCCUAUGCUGAGCUGUACGGGGCACCCUUCAAGCCCGCACAGACUCUGCUCGACAUGGCUAAGGACCCGGCGAAGAAGUUCUACCCCAAGACUGGCUCCUCGAAGUUGUAGAUCCGAUCCAAUCCGAUCCCAGCCUCCGUAAAGCCGCCAACGAAAUUUAGCUUUUAGUGCGAAGACAGGGGCAACGCGUGUCCUUGUGCAUUUUUCUCAGAAAGGAAACCUUUAAUGGUCCACUGCUGCCUAAAAAAAAAUGGGGCUAGGCCCUUUAAAAAUCCCUCUGAUGAAGUUGUCGAGAUUUAAAUUAAAGUUUACCAUGUAAUUUUCCAUA